GCCACUAGUGAAUCAUAGAUAUGUUCAAAAUAAUGCCAUGGAAAAAUUAAGUAUUAUUACUAAUAAAUAAUAUAAAGAUAAAUUCUGUUUUCCAUAAUAGCUCAACCUUUAAACAGAAAUGACGCGAUUGGCGUCAAUUAAAUUAUGAUAUCUUCAGUAGUUUUUUAAUAAAUCGACAUUAUUUCCACCUACACUUGGAAGGAUUUUCCUUUUUCUUUAAUGAAAUUAAUGGACACACAAUUACCCUACUUACUGUUACAUAUUUAGAACCUAUGUUUAGAACCAGUAAAGUUUAAAUCGGAGGAUUAUUUAUAUCAGAAUUAAAUACAAUAAAAGCGCGUAAAAGCCCAUUAUAUAACAGAUAUGUCUUGCAUUCUUCGUUCUUCUAAGUUUGCACGUUAUAUAGCGGGAUUUGCUCGUCAUGUUGUUAUUAAUCCACCUCGAGAGUUUGAUUACAAUGUACUUGGCUCAAAUCACUGUAUUUGUCAAUCUUUACCAAGAUCGUUAGCAACACAGGCGACAGUUCAACAUGAUUCAAGCCUUGAAUAUGGUUUACGUAAAAUCGAUCAAGGGGUACGUCGAACAGGCCGAAUAUCCCGACAAGAUAUUGAAGACAUUCUGGAAGAAUUACGUAAUUCACGUACUGCUACUACUUCACAAUCUCUACUGGUCAUUCGAUGUUGUGGAAAUCUUGUACCAGAGGAACUUCCAGAAACAAGAACGAAAUUAGUCCAAGAAAUAUGGCAAACACUUCAAAAGUUGAAUAUUCCUGUAGAUGUGUCACACUACAAUGCACUUUUGAGGGUAUAUUUGGAAAAUGAAUAUUCUUUUUCACCUACUGAAUUUUUGAGUGAGAUGGAAUCUAAAGGAAUUGAACCAAAUCGUGUCACCUAUCAAAGAUUGAUUGCCAGGUACUGUCAACUUGGUGAUAUAGAAGGUGCCACAAGGAUCCUUGAAUUUAUGAGAGAAAAACAAUUACCUGUUAAUGAAAGUGUUUUUAAUGCUCUCAUCAUGGGACAUGCACAGGCAGGUGAUAUGGAAUCUGCUCAUGGAAUACUUGCAGUCAUGACCCAAGCAGGACUAGAGCCCACUGAAGACACCUACACAACUUUACUUUGUGGUUAUGCUAAAGCAGGUGACAUAGGAGCAAUAAAAAAAGUAUUAGAUGAAUGUGAAAGUAAAGAAAUAUUCCUCCUGGAUAAAGAUUUAUUGGAAGUCAUCUACAGUUUGGCAAUAAGUGAUCAUAAGGAUCAUGUGCCUUUUAUUUUAGAGAAGACCCGAAAGGCAAUAGGAUAUAAUCAGGAUGCUAUAAAUACAAUUCUAAGGCUGAUUAACAAAGAUCAAGACGAUGUGGCUUUAAUGAUACUAAAAACAAUGUCAAGAAACACAAGAGCUGAUGGCACUUUACAAACCACUGGAAAUUUUAUUAUUAAACAGUUAGUUAAAAUUGGGAGAAGUCCAGAGAAAAUAAUAGAAAUUUGUAAUUGGUUACAAAAUGAAAACUUAAAUGACAGAGGAUUACAUGUAGCUGCUGAAACAGCACUACAAUUGACUAAUGAAAAAAUAGCAUAUCCUAUCCUCAAGGAAAUGAAAGACAAAGGCAUGGAUAUAAGACCACACUAUUUUUGGCCCCUUUUAGUAGCCAAAGCCAGUGAUCCGACUGGCGAUGAAAUAAUCAAUGUUUUACAGGAAAUGAACAAAUUUAAUGUUUCUGCAACUUAUGAAACAAUAAAAGAUUAUGUUAUACCAAAUUUGAAAUGCAAAAGUAGCGAAAUUAUAUCAAAAUUAAGACAAGCAAACAUUUCUGUAGGAAGCUCCGCAUGUAACCUCGUUCAUUCAUUAUUACUUCGAAACGAUAUUGAUGAAGCUGCAAUAAUAGCGAGUAGAGUGGAUGCUUACUACCAUCCGAAUAUAAUAAAACGUCCUCUAACGAAUGCUUUCUAUAAUACAAAAGACGUUAAUUCUUACGUUAAUCUCUUAAGACACGUUUAUGAAAAUCUAGAAAGAAGAGAUACCGUUUUACAUGAAGACGAACAAACGAAACCGUCGCUGGAUAAGAAUGAAGUCAUUGGUAGUUUUAUUCUAGAUCUGAGUAAUAACCGAAUCGUAUUUCCCGAAAUAAUUGAAGACGUUCUUAAAGGAAUUGCAGAACAAGGUCUCAGUAUAAGUAAUACAGUUGCAGAAAAAAUUCAGGAUAAAUUAGGGGAGAAUAUGAACGAUAAUAUUUCCAAACUUUUGGAUAGACUUACUUCGGGAGAACUUGUGCCUGCACCAUUAAUUCGAAAACCCCCAUCAUAUGUACCUUCUCACAAAAUGAACGUACUGCAAUUGGAAAGACUUGUUGAAAACUUAAAAGCCAAAAAUCAGGAAUGUCUGGGACAAAAACGACAACUACUUACAUUAUAUUGCCGUGCUAAAGAAUUAGAGAAGGCUGAAAAUCUCCUUCCAGAGAUGGAAGCUGAAGGUUUUCAAUAUUCUUGUGGUACUCAUGCCCAAAUGAUAGACUUAUAUUGUUACCAUGAUAAAUUAGAUAAAGCUCUUGAACAUUAUGAAAAAUUUAAAGAGUUCAACGAUGAACAUUUGGAUAAUAGUAAAACACUUCGACUUGCAAAUUUAUUGAUUAGAAAUGACCAUUUUGAUGAAGGUAUAGCUUUAUUGGAAAGUCAAAAGAAGGAACAGUCUAAUGAAAACGAGUAUGGGUAUAAUACCUUAUGCUUUAGAACAUUAAAUUACCUUGCAGAACAAGGAAAAGUUAAGGAACUCCAAAUUUUAUUUGAUACAUUGUUUAAGAAUGGUUACUUAGAUGUGAAUAAUAUGAUACUUGGUCCUUUGAUAAAGGUUCAUUUGAUUAAUAAUGACAUACAAUCUGCACUUGAUAAAUUUGAAGAAUGUUGCAAUAGGUUCAAAGCCACUCCAUGGAAGAACGAACUGACUUGCAGGUUGAUCCAAGCUGAAGACGCAGAAAAAUUGCAAAAAUUAACUGACUUGAGUACGUCUGUUCAUGGUGAAAUUAAUAGCUUAUAUGACUUGGUCUUUGCCUUUGUUGAAUGUGGUCGAAUACGUCAAGCUCGAAAGAUUCUGGAAACACCAGGACUUCAAAGCCGCACACAUAAAAUAAACAACGCCUGUCAACGAUAUCGUGAAGAAGGUCUUAUUAAACCAUUAGAAGGUUUGAAAGAAGCCACAAAAGAUUUGAAUCAUAUCAAUCGUACCGACAUUUACCAUCAGCUUCUUUUGAGUUACAUUAAGCAAAAUAAUGUGGAAAAAGCCCAGGGACUGUGGAUGCAAAUGCAAGAAGAAGACAUGGCACCUACUGAUCAAUUUUUAUAUAAGCUAGGAACAUUUCUAAAGGCAAACAAUGUUCCUGUUCCAUUUACCAUUCCUAAUAACUCAUUGGCAGAAGAAACGACGGCAAAUGAACGCAGUACGGUUAAAAUUUUGAAAAGAGUACCACCCCAAAAAACUGAAAAUUCAAAUUAUUGGACUGCUAUUAAGAAUGGAGAUCUAGAUAGGGCUCUUCUAAUCUCUAAACAAAAACUCCAAUCUUUUUCUACCAAUGAUGUCUCCAUGUUAAUAGAAGCGUUAGUGCAAAAAGACAGACUAUCUGAAGCCACCCAGCUGACACUAAAUUUAUUGGAUAAUAACAGCAAACCUGUUUUAAGAGUUUUUAGGUUCUUCUUGAAUAAAUUGUCUCAGAAAGGAGAUAUAGAAACAUUACAGACAAUCAGUGCAAAGUUGAAUUCUGAUUUAAAGAAACUUGUAUCUUUUGAUAACCGUGUUUGUCACGCCUACUUAGUAGCAGGAAAGGCCGCAGAAUAUUUGGAUUCUUUAGAAACUGAACUUGACCAAGCAACGGAUGCCGAUUUAAACGCAGUAGCCGAAAAAUUUCCCCGUGGUGGUGCCAUCGGAAUAUUGGAAAAAUGUCCUGAAUUAGUGGACAGAUUUGAAAAGUUAGCAAUUAAAUACGCCGAACGUGGAAUAGUUGCCCCUAUGAACGUUCUGUGGUCUUACUACUUUACAGAACAAAAUAAAGCCAAAGCUGAAGAAAUAUGGAACAAAUACCUUCAAGACUCACCCAGAAUCAUGUUUCAAAGGGUUAUCCAACAUGCCAGGGACUCCAAAGAUGAAAUAAUUGCAGAAAAACUAAUUAGGCACUUAAAAACAGCUCAAGUGACGGAAGGUGCUCUGGGUAACGCGUAUUCCUGCUUGUUGGAUAUUUUAGUGGCAAAAGAAAAAAACAACGAAGUCGUAACAACUUUUGAAGAAUGUCUAAAAGACGUGCACAUUGAAAAUUUGAAUCGUACUGCAGUUCUUAGGGUUAAAGAAGUAUAUACCAAGUUAGGAAGGCCUUUUAAUUACAUUAUUCCAGCUAAAAAAGCAAUUAAGAGUAGCAGUAGUAGUAGCAACAGCAGUGAUUCUACAUCGGAUGAAGUAGAGGUUAAGACGAAUUAAUUUAAGUAUAAAAUUAAAUGUUAUAUAAAUGUACCUUUUGCGUUGCAUAUUGCCACGUAUGUUACAAAUGUUAUAAUUCUUUUGUAGUUGUGUUCUUUUUAAUAAAAAGUUUAAAUUAAUUA